CAAGAUUAUAGUGUAAGCAAACUUUUGGAGAUCGAGUCAUGGCUUAUCAUUUCAUUAAUGGUUUCGUCUGCGUGAUCGUUUUAUCUUGCUGCCCUUUGUCAGGUUUUCUGCUGGACACGACCCCUACAUAUGCAUGCGUUGACCAGGCUCAGAGCUGCGAUGUGUUCAAUAAAAGUUACGGAGUUUGCAAUGACCACCAUAAUGCAUACCAGACAUGUCGCAAAUUCUGCGGAUUAUGCAACUUAGUCAACGGCGGAUGGUCAAUGUGGAGCGAUGAUGGGAUCUGUGACGUUACAUGUGGCAACGGAACAAUGACGAGGACCAGACAGUGUAACGACCCAAAACCUCUCAAUGGAGGAGAGGAUUGUCAGGGUCCUUCUUUAAAAUAUGCAGACUGUCUUCUCAACAGUUGUCCAACCCAUGGGGCUUGGAGCGCGUGGAUUGAAUGGGGGUCGUGCAGUGUCACGUGCGGAACGGGUCUGAGGAGACGUGACCGAGCUUGCGAUAAUCCCUGGCCUUCAAGGGACGGAAACCAUUGCUUUGGAGACAACAUUAACUACGAGAUCUGCUCAAAGCCAGUUUGUGCAACUUGGACAGCUUGGGGAUCCUGGAGCUCUUGUUCUGACACCUGUGGUUAUGGCCUAAGGGAGCGCUAUAGGAACUGCAGUGCAACGUCUGACAUGCAGAAUUUCUGUGUUGGGUCUGAUGUUCAAAAUGUGAUGUGCAAAACAUCAUGUAAUGAAAACAGAUAUCAGCUAGUGAUUCCACAGGUUCAUUUCUACGUCCGAAUUGCUGAAGGUUCAUCGACACUAUCGCCAGGACAGAAUAUCAUCUUCACAAAUGCGCAAAUCAACGAAGGUCAAGGUUAUGACGUGGCAUCUGGGAAAUUUACUGUCUCCGUCCCUGGGUUGUAUGCCUUCGCAGUCCAGUACUGCGUUCAGCCGCACCUAUAUGGUUACAUUGAUAUUGUGAAGCAAGGCACCAUUCUGCAAAGAUCAAUGUUUGAAAGAAGGAGUGAGGCAUAUCAGUGCGUGUCCAUGCAGGCGUUCACCAGGGCUGCUAUAUCCGAUCAGAUCUGGGUAAAAUCAGGAAUCUCCAGCAGCUAUCUCUAUGACAAUGAAAACAUGUUCACAUCGUUUUCUGGUGUGUUAAUUCAUGUGUAAUAUUCAAGCGGUCCAUACUUUUCAUCGUGCUGAAAUUAAUGCAUGAAACGAAAAUGCUGGUAUUUUUUUUACAUAAAACAGUACUGAUUGUUAUGCUUAACACCAUAACAUACCGAUAUAUGAUACAAUUCAUUACAA